AUGGCAUCGAAAUCACAAAAAAGCCCCCUGGGCAGCACAGCUCCCAACAGCGACCAGAUAAACGUCCGUGCCGCAGAACAGUCUAAACAAUCGGCCAUCCAGGAACAAAAAGCACGCGAAUUAGAGAAUGAGUUCAAGACCAAGCAUUUUGGCGUAAUGGGCGUGCUUACCUGGAUAUUAUUACUUCACAUUGCCGGCAUUUACUUCUUCACAAAAGGCUUUCUGCUAACGCGCAUGGUUCUCGACAAUAAAUCCUCGUGCCAGGAGCUUCCAUUCGAUAUCACCUCGGGCUCCCAACACGCACCAUCAAACCAGCAAGCGAACGGAUGUUGGCACCAGAAGUCUUUUGAUAAAGCCGUUGUCAUUAUCAUCGAUGCCCUUCGAUACGACUUCACUGUACCCUUUGUGCCCAAGGAGGAGAGUGAAACAGCCCACCUUUUCCACGACAAUAUCCCCAUUUUCUACGAAACCGCCAUCAACAGCCCGGCUAACGCAUUCCUGCUUCCAUUCAUCGCCGAUGCACCCACCGCAACUCUGCAACGGUUGAAGGGACUGACUACCGGAACUCUGCCCACAUUCGUGGAUGCCGGCUCUAACUUCGCCGGCACCGCCAUUGACGAAGACAACCUGGUUGCUCAGUUGCACAGCGCUGGAAAGACUCUGGUCCAGCUCGGAGACGAUACUUGGCAGGCUCUGUAUCCGGGAUAUUUCGACGCCAAUCUGACUCGCCCGUUUGAUUCAUUCAACGUCUGGGACCUGCACACUGUUGAUAAUGGCGUCAACGAGCAUCUGUUCCCGCUCCUUCGCACGGAGAACAAGUCCAAAUGGGAUGUGAUCUUCGGUCAUUAUCUUGGUGUUGAUCACGCUGGCCACAGAUACGGACCGAACCAUGCCGCCAUGGCGAGCAAGUUGCAAGAAAUGGACCGUGUCAUUCGUGACAUCAUUGCCGCCCUCGACGACGAUACCCUUCUCGUUGUGAUGGGUGACCAUGGAAUGGAUAUCAAGGGUGACCACGGCGGCGAAUCGGAUGAUGAGGUCGAGGCCGCUUUGUGGAUGUACUCCAAGCGUGGCACUUUUGGUCGCACAAGUAAAGAAAGCCUGCAGCCACCUAAGAAUGCGAAGGAACGUCCAAUCCCGCAGAUCGAUCUUGUCCCCACGCUGUCUCUGAUGCUUGGAAUCCCCAUUCCGUUCAACAACCUCGGCUCCCCCAUUGAAGAGGCUUUUGCUGGCCCGAAGGGAAAUGACUGGGCCAACCUGGCUACUGUGAGUCGCCUCACCGCGGCGCAGAUCAAGAGGUAUCAAGCUGCGUACGAAAUUUCCCAGGGCGGUGCUGAUGACGAGGAGUCGUUCUCGCUUUGGUCUGCGGCCGAGACCGAGUGGAAGUCUGGCUCGAAGAGCUUUACGUCUAAGUCUACUGCUGCUCGUUCUAGUUACGAGCUAUAUCGCAAAUACCAGCGCCACACGUUGGAUGUUUGCCGUGGGCUUUGGACAACCUUCGAUGUUCCGAGUAUGAUUCAAGGUGUUGCGCUUCUCUUUGGCGGCAUUGCUCUUUUGGUUUUGUACGCUCGCGGAAUGAGGAACGACAGGACCGAGCUUUCUUCUCAGCUGCUGUCGUUUGUUGGCGUUGGAUCCGGAGUGGGUGCUGCUGUUGGCAGUGUCUUGUCCCUUUUCGGAUUCACCGAGAUGUCGACAAUCGAUCUGUCUGUUUUCCUUGCUGCGGUGGGAAGUAUGGCAGGUUCUGCGGUUGUAAUGGUCAAGAAGCCCGCGAACUUGACGCUCCCCUUGCCAAAUGGUAUGUGGGGAUGGCUCGCAGUAUUUUUCACUGUUUCUCAGUCCGUCGGAUUCGCCUCGAACUCCUAUACCAUUUGGGAGGACGAAAUUCUUCUAUUCUUCCUUACCACGUUCGGCGUCUGUGCUGGCAUUUCAUCGAUGCGCCAGAAGACAACCACCGACCGCGUAUUGGGCGUUUACCACUCGGUCCUUUUUGUGAUUCUCGGCCGCCUGGCCUCCUUCUCCCGUCUCUGCCGUGAAGAACAAAUGCCAUUCUGUCGCUCGACCUACUACGCUUCCUCAACAUCCUCCAUUUCUGCCCCUUGGCAGCUCGGAAUCCCCUUUGCGGUCGCCUUCUUCCUACCCGCUGUCAUUCGCUCGUUCUACAGCGGCUCCAAAUCGUACGAAGGAGCCGCAACUCUGUGGAUUAGUUACGCAUUCCGCUUCGGUCUCCUAAUCACUUCUAUCUUCUGGAUGCUAGAAGGUGCCGACGACGGCGAAUGGCUUCCAGUGAGCAAAGAAACACUCAAAACCGUCCGCGUCUUCUUAGCCCAGCUCGUCCUCGCCAUCGCUUUCGCCGCCGGCACGGGGGCAUACAUCUACUCGAAGCCCUGCAUCAGCAUCAGCGUGAACAAACCCCCAGAAGACCCCAACGCCCCACCAGCCCCCAUAAUCGCAGGCCAGGAGCAGAAACCCCGUACGACCGUGACAAUCCUCGGCUUCGGAAAUAUGUACGGCACGAGAUUCUUCUUCCUAGUCAUCAACUUCGCGCUAGCCAUCAUCCUGAUGCAGAAACCCAUGGGCCAAGGUGCAAUCGCCCUUCUAGUCUGGCAAAUCCUCUCCCUCCUUGAAAUUCUCGACACAAACGCCCUAACCCUCUCCAACUCGCCCAUCGGUCCCAUAGUCCUAGGCCUCCUGGGUUCAUUCUACUUCUUCAAAACAGGCCACCAGGCUACACCAAGCUCCAUCCAGUGGGAAACUGCAUUUAUCCCCCCUAUCAACAAUCAAAUACCCCUGGACACCCAUCUUCGUCGUGCUGAAUACUUUCGGCGCGCAGAUUCUCGCCGCUCUAGCCCAGAUGCUUCUUCUUCUUCUUCUUCAAAGGGCGCUAAAUCCGCAAACCCGGCUACCAGGCUCCUUUCUGAUGUUACUCAGGCUGUCGCUACCCAUACACUCUACCUGGCGACUAUCAAUCUCGCUACAACUAUGUGGGCGGGCCAUCUACGCCGCCACCUUAUGCUGUAUCGUAUCUUUAGCCCGCGGUUCAUGAUGGGUGCUGGCGUGUUGGCUAUUGUGGAUAUAGUCCUCAUGGUCUUUGCUGUUGGUGGUGUGCGAUGGAGCACGAUGAGCGUCGGUGAGAUCUUUGGUUGGUGA